AUGACAAUCAUCCAAUCUGUCUUCCGUCAACUCCAGCUAGAGAAAAGAGAUUCAGAUGAGCCCGACAAUGUUGAUUAUGAAUCCCACACUGUCAUCUAUCGCCAAAGACGAAGGAAAGACUUACGAACUAAAGUAGCUCAGGGAAUGGAGGUCAACCAACCAGAUCGUGAAAGGGCGAUUAAGAUCGAAGAUCUUAACGAUUUCUUAAAUCCAUCACAAGAAUGUGUUGUUCCAAUUGUAAAAGACACAGGAAAAGAAAGUAGAUUAUCAGCGGAAGCCAAUCGUCCGGAUCUCAUCAAAACGAGGCCGCGAAAAGUAAAAAAACGACCGACAGAGAAUGGCGAACGCGUCCCAAAAGCGAUCGCCGAGGCUGUUGUGACAGCUGUUGAUGAGAUAAAACAGCCGAGCGUCCCAGAACCCACCCAGCAAAGCGGAGGUGCUGCUCAAGUUUCUUUGUAUGACUGUCUGGCUUGUAGUGGAUGUGUAACGACAGCUGAGACGGUUUUAAUUCAUGAUCAGUCCAUCGAUGUUUUCAUUGAAAGGGCAAGAAAAUCAAAAUUUGCAGUUGUAUCGAUAUCUCCACAAAGCAUUGAAUUUUUGGCAGCACAUUUCAAGCUUCCACUCAAAUUAUGUUUUCGCAAGAUAUCUUUUAUUUUUAAAUCUUAUUUCGAUGUUGCAGCAGUGAUUGAUACUUCUGUAACAGAUGCUCUUCACCAAGUGGAGACCCUGCGAGAAUUCAUUGAAAGAUUUCGAGUGAAGCGAGAAGGCCACCGGUCAUCUCACUCAAAGACGACGGACGCUUCCUGCUCUGAUGGCAAGUCCCCGGAUCAAACUGCUUCAGAGGCAAGUGCCUCGGCUGCUCUUCCACUCCUUACAUCGCAUUGUCCAGGAUGGAUUUCUUUUGUUGAGAAAACGCAACCGUCUUCAGUCGUAGCGUGCGUUAGUCGAUUGAAAUCGUCUCAGCAGAUUUUGGGACAUCUCGUCAAAACCCUUAUGGUGGAUUCUCACAAUUUAGUGCAAUAUAGGAAGCGAUACAUUCAAUCUUCAGUCUUGCCCACACACCCGAAAGUUUUGUUGCGUCCAAGAUUUCGCAACUCGGGAAAGGAGAAUUCUGAUGGGAUUUCAACCGCCACGUCAACCCCAAAAGAGUCAUCAAUGAGUGACGAAGAUGAAAAGUAUACCAGUAGGAAGGAGAGACGAGCAUCAGGGAUCAUCACUUCGAAGGAUGUCUUCCAUGCUGCCAUCAUGCCUUGUUACGAUAAAAAGUUAGAGACUGUUAGACCGGAAAACUUCAUUGGAAUUGACUCUACUGUUAUGAAGGAGGUCAGCAGUGGCAUCCAGGAAGUAGAUGUUGUUCUGGCGACG